AUGCCUUCUAAAACCCCCAACCUCUUUUCCCACAAGAACUUCCGCGUCGUGGAUCCAAACAAUAUGCCCGAGCGCCCAGCACCACAGCCGCAACGACAGCCACCACGCGCAGCCCAGGGACAGCCAGAUAUCCGGCAGACGAAGCAGUACAAAGUUGCGGCGCGGCGGUGGACCUCAAUGAUGGUGGGGUUGCCGGUUUUGAUGUAUACUUCCUACAUGCUCUAUGAACGAGUGUAUGGUGAGAAGAGUCCCAGACGACUAGGAGAGCGAGAGCAACGGCAGGAACCUUCUUCCUAG